AUGUCGGAAAAGCCAUUACAAGCAGCGAGGAUAGUGUCGAGUGUUGCAGCAACCUUUAUUGCAUUGGCAUGUGGAACGAACUAUGCUUUCUCCAAUUGGGGCCCGCAGUUCGCUGAUAGAUUGAAGUUGUCAUCAACACAGAUCAACUUGAUAGGUCUAUUUGGAAAUCUGGGAAUGUAUGCAUGUGGUAUACCAAUUGGGCUAUUGGUGGAUGGAAAAGGGCCUCGACCUGCCGUUAUAUUGGGAACGAUUUUGCUUGCUGCGGGAUACUUUCCACUAUAUCAAGCAUAUGAUAGAGGGUCUGGAUGGUUACCAUUACUUUGUUUAUAUUCAUUCUUUACCGGGCUUGGAGGAUGUGCUGCCAAUGCAGCUGCCAUUAAGACUUCAGCUCUUAACUGGCCACACAACAGAGGUACAGCGACAGCGUUCCCACUGGCUACCUUUGGACUCAGUGCAUUUUUCUUUUCUGCAUUUACUGCAUUUACAUUUCCAGGGGAUGCGGGACAUUUCCUAUUAGUCCUGGCCUGUGGAACCAGUGGAACGGUAUUCUUAGGAUUCUUCUUCCUACGAGUGAUACCACAUGCCCAUUACUCGGCUCUUCCCGGCCAUAAUCGAUCCGAUUCAAAUCGACUACAUCGCACGAAAUCAGAGGAUAGUAGACGAGCAGAGAGAGAUGUCUUGGAUGGUGAACCUGAGGCCGAGGUACCCGAGAACGGCGUCACGUCCGAUACCGACGAAACCUCCUCCUUGAUGUCCAAGUCCACCGAUGAAGAAUCUCGAAAAAAUGUAGACGAAACUGACAAGAAGGAUCACGCGCAUCUUGUAGAUAUUCGAGGACUUCAAUUAUUCAAAACAGUCGAAUUUUGGCAAUUGUUUACUUUGAUGGGAAUACUCACAGGUAUUGGAUUGAUGACUAUCAAUAAUAUUGGAAACGACGCACAAGCACUUUGGCGUCAUUGGGAUGAUUCAAUCCCAGAAGAGUUCAUCAUGCAUCGUCAAGCAAUGCAUGUUUCCAUCCUUUCUGUUUGUUCAUUCACUGGUCGUCUCCUUUCGGGAGUUGGUUCAGACUUCCUCGUCAAGGUUCUACGCUGUAGUGGUCUAUGGUGUCUAACUCUCGCCUCUCUGAUCUUCUUCGUUGCUCAAAUCGCCGCUCUUAAUACCGAAAACCCACACCUCCUCUUCCUUGUCUCCUCAUUCACUGGUCUCGGUUAUGGAUUUCUUUUCGGUUGUUUCCCAUCUCUGGUAGCUGAGGCUUUUGGUGUUCAUGGCCUCUCCACAAACUGGGGUUUCAUGACUCUCUCCCCAGUCCUCUCAGGAUAUAUCUUUAAUCUUUUCUAUGGUACAGUUUAUGAUCGCCAUAGUAUCGUGAAAGAUGGAGGUGUGAGGGAAUGUACCGAAGGCUUGCAAUGUUAUCGCAGCGCAUAUUUGGUUACAGUGACGGCGUCUGUGUUGGGCUUGUUGGUUAGUUUGUGGUGUAUAAGGUAUACCCAUUUGGAGAGACUGGAGGAAGCGAGAAAACUUGAAGCAGAUGAGAGAGUGGAGUAA